UGAUUAUUGUUAUUAUUAUUAGGAUUAUUAUUAUAAGGCUUUGAGAAUACUUAAACAAUUCCAGUGAUGUCAGUGGAAAGUCGAUGUUUACUUGCCAUUUUAAGGAGGCAAAUUUCACUUGACAAGCAGAACAGCCUAAAUGCUUUCUCGAUUAGCCUUUUAAAAAUAAAUAAUUAGGUGGUAGAAUAAUUCAUCAGAUCGAUGGAGAGACUUUUCUACUGAAACCUAACCUUUGAAAAAGGCCUAACAACGCGCCCUGAUCAUCAAUUCGUUGAUAAAAUCUUCUAGCUCGACCAUUUGUCGUCGUAGUUAAGUAUGCACUAGCGCCUUUGCAGUGUAAUACUGGUAUUGUUGUUUCGCGCAAUCAGCUUGUGAAACCCCCGAACGAAGGGUGAAGGAAAUUUUUCGCAAAAUACGGUUUGACUGAUGUCUUAACUGCACGUGACUAACAUACGUCCAGGUGGCCUGACAACAUUGCUGACAACUAUCAGAUAGAAGUUCGCUUCAAUAUAGAGCAGCUUACAAUGUGUCGGUUUUUUUGAAUCGAGCUUCCUGUAAGUUAUUUGGUGAUGGCCCAGUUAAACUUCGACGUUAGCGGACUCAGUAUCAACGUUAGACGGCUCUAGGUAAUUCAUUCCUGACCUAUUUUAAAUAAUCUCUAUUAAGGUGCCUUGGCCAGUGGCGUACCUGGAUAUUUAGGCCGGCCCAUGGUGAUAUCGCCCCAUUUCAAAUGGCGUAUUUCCCGUUAAUAACACUUAUUAUUACUGUAAUAGUUAAAUUGGUUUCAUCGGUUGAACUACCAAUCAACCCAAGGCGUUACGCGUUGUUUUGAUCUGUGUCCAUGAGUUUCGAGUAUAAUGAUUAGUAGACAUCGAACCUCACGGUACCAGAAGAGUUCUUAUGUGUGCAUGCUUCCCGGUUUACUUCAUGUUAAGUAAUUUCUCAAGGCAGAUCAUUGUAAGCUACUGAGGAAAAUAAUAACAUAAAGAAAGGCAUUUUGUUUAUCCUCUACAUGCAUUUAGUAACGCAAUUAAUUAGAUGUGUCAACCUUACUCAAUGCUACCACGAGGAAAAUUGCCUUAAGGGCGUAUGUAAUUUCCAUCUUGCUUCUUUUGUGAAAGACAUGUCAAACACGUUCGGCUAUGAGAUAAACUACUGGGAUAUAGUUCCCGUCCAAAUCAUUAAUACUGAAGGUUAGAUAUUCCGCUUAGAGCCUUGUUAAUAAGUUGAGCAACGUUUGUAUCGCAGCUAUGGAACACUAACGAAAUCUCAUCAGAUCGUAAAGCGGUGUUUCACGCUCGACCUGAUCAUGUCAGAUAGCAUAUAGUAAUACAUAAAACGGGAAAAAUAAUGUAUCUGCGCUUUCGGUCCUUAAUAAUAUGACAAAUGGAUAUCGGACAAGACUUUUCGAUAAAAAAUCUUACUGCUAAGAGACUUUCGCCUUCCCCUGUAUAAAAUAGGCUAAAUAGAGACAUAUACUAGUGUCAGGCAAUUCUGGUCGUCUUAUUCUCUUGUCACUGGCCAGGCUAGUCCAGAGCGAGGAGGCGUUGGGCCGCAUGAACGUCGAUUUGUAUAUGGAACACAUUAAUUUAAUAACAGAACAGCUGAUUUAUGUAACAAACAUCGACAGAUAACCAGCGAAUGGGAUGGUUUGGUUGAUCGAGGUGCUUUUACUUGAGACGAAGAUCCUAUUUUUUUUUUAACGAACAAAUACUAUCUGAUACUAUAUGCCAUUAGAACUUUGCCGCGUCUGUCCCCUAGAGCAGUGAACGUCUUCUCCAAUUGAAGUGGGGGGCAAGCUUCACACACUGAGAUACCAAAGCCAUCACACCUAAAUCGUACUCAAUAUAUACCCUGUGGUACGAAUUGAGACAGCUAUUACGAGCAAAGUCAUCAUCUAUCAAUUUGCAAAAUAUAUUGAAUUGUCUCUUAUUGUUUUCCACGUAUUUUAGAAGGAGGCUACGUUCUUGACACACACUCAUGUAUUCGUUAAUAUAUUGCCGCUUUCUGCAUAAUCUGAUUACAAGGGAACCCGUCGUAGCAUAUCUUUAAUUCUCAGCCGGUUAUCAGUGACAAUGACUAGAGCUAGUACGACUAUGUGCUGUGAUAUAAUAAUAAUAAUGAUGCAGAAUUUUCUGACACAACACGCAGUAACAAACAGCCGCUGAGCAGAUAUUGGCAGGAGAGAAGGGCAGUUUUUCUGGUCUUAUAUAUCUGAUCUGGCGAUAAACGAGCGAUAGAUGUAGAAAAAAAGGCCCACAAAUCUAGUGAGUCCUAACGACACAAUCUGUUUCGGCAAAAUAACAGUGAGGCAAGACGGUUUCAAUGAAGAAAUAUCUAAAAUAUAGGGAAAGCUAUAUAUAAUUAGUUAAGCCUAAAUUCGGCGAUGUUUUAACGAGCACUCUGCGUUUAUGUGUAAUAAACUUGCAUAUGCUGUCAUAUCCUCAUGGAAAUCGUCGUCGGUAAUCUCAUACAGUAGAAACUAAGUAUUUUCUUGGUGUUUUAAACACUUUUACAUACAUUAUUUAUGCGUAAAAUGUCGAGGUGCAUUGCAGUCGCUCCAAGUACACCCUGAUGUAACCGCCGACCUAGCUUUCUCCCUGAAGUUUUUAUCGCCGUUACUUUAAUAGCCAGGCAUUAUAUAGACUACUUUUGCAUAGCGACAAGCUAGCACAUGUCGCUGCUGUCCUCUUGUGAGCUUCGAGGUCUUCCGCUCGAAAAGGUGUAGGCUUUUCGAGCACGUUUUUAGAAAAUCGAAACAUGUGGAUAUUUAAAUCGCAUAAAGGUGAACGUUACAACUGAACUUGAUGGUAAUAUUAAAGUAGCUGACCCUAAAAUGGGUAAGGGGGCACCUUAACUAAGUCAUGGUGAAUGCCGAUGCUUUCUGUUUGGACUACUAUAUACCCCUGUAAUUUUUUUCUAUGUUCAAUAUUGCAAAGUAAAUGUGUCAAGGAUAAACAAUGCUCUCAGAAUCCAGUUUGCUAUUUGCCAGAAUCAGUUUGCUAAUUGGCCGUUUGGUGGGUUUAGUCUAAGUGAAAGGUAUUGCAAACGCCUAAAAUAUUUGAUGUCCUGUGCAAAUCUGCCGCUUUCGUCGUAAUCGUGAGUGAUUAUGGGUUUUGAGAAAAUGAAACAAUCAAAGCCCUUUGAAGUUAGACCGAAAGUGGAACCCCAAUUCCGGUUGGGGGUAAGCAUUGUCUUGUGAAAUCGUCCAGGUAAUGCCGCAUGUUAAGCGGUUCCCCAACCCGGUGCCAUGGGAGGAAAAAGCAGCUAUCGAAUUACGUGAAACCCCGGAACGUCGUAGAGCUGCGCUUGAAAAAUUUCAACGAAAACUUGAAGAGAUCACAGAAUUCAAGCCAUACAUGGAACAGCAAUUUCUCCUCGGAUUUUUGCGCACUCGAAAGUUCGAUGUGGACAGCGCCGUAAAAGCGUACAAGAAGUUCUUCAAGAUGCGGACGUACAACCCGGCCAAGUAUUUCCCUAUGGGUCAAGGAACCCUAGAACUACAUAGGCACUACAGUUUCGGCUCGCUUACGGCCCUCAGUCGACGCAAUCCUAUCGAUAACACGAUGGUGCUCAUUCUUCGAGUUGGCGAAUGGACCCCGGAGUCGGGAUUCGAUCUUUCUGAUCUCUUCACUCCGGUAGCCGUUGUGUUGCUUGCGUACGGAAUGGAUGAUGCCACACAGGUAAAUGGAGUUCGAUUUAUUUUGGACUUACGCGACCUUUGUUUAGGCCAUCUAAAAUACUUUCCGUUCAGCGCGAUUCAGGCAUUAGUCGAAGUCGUACAAGGCGCUUUUCCUGUCCGUUUUAAAGGGUUUCACAUUUUGGAGAACAGCAUUGUAUUUAAUUAUCUGUACCUCAUGACGAAGCCAUUUCUCUCACGAAAAAUAAAGAAACGGAUUCUGGUGCAUGGCAACGAUGUCCGUCGUCUGCAUGAACAUAUUUGCCCGUCUAUAUUGCCUGAGGAGUACGAUGGUCUCGAUGGGCCAUUCCGUUGGCGGCAUUUCGUCGAACCCCUUGAUGAGAUUCACGACAAAGUGGUCGACUUCAGCCAUCACGGGUACAAUGUGCUCUGAGAAAAAAACUAAACUCUGGUGCAGAAUUCAAGAAAUCUCUACAUGCUGCCAGUGGGCGAAAAGCACAAAACUGCUUGUUAAGCUUCAAAUAAUUAAGAACUAACAUAACACGUUUCACACAGAAGAAGAAGUCCAACUGAUCGAUUACAAAGUUUAAGUAAUUCUUGUUGUAGAAAUCACGAGCAACACUAUUAGCAAUAACACUCUUUCUCGACAUACGACAGCGUGUUCAGAACGUAUCAUUGCCUCAGAUGAAAAACCGGAGCCCGCCAAA